AUUAUAUCGCCACCAAUGACUUGUGAAGCCACCCCGUAGAACAAUGGAGCCACACUUUCUUGUAGUCACCUACGCCGCCCAGGGCCACGUCAACCCUGCUCUCCAGCUGUGCAGGCGCCUCGCGCGUGUCGCCGGCGCUAGGGUCACCUUCUCCACCUCCAUCUCCGGUCACCGUCGCAUGUUCCCCAGCUCGGCUGACCAGGAAGUCGACGACGGCGUCGUCUGCUACGUCCCUUACUCCGACGGCUUCGACGGCGGCUUCGACAGGGAGACCGGCGACCGCGACGAGUUCCGUCUCCGGGUCAAAUCCGUUGGCACCAGGACGCUUGCCGCCAUCGUCCGAUCACUCCAGGAACGCGGUCGCCCCGUCACCUGCAUUAUCCAAACCCUGCUUCUGCCGUGGGUCGUCGACGUGGCUCGCGACCACGGAAUCCCCUCUGCCCACUACUGGAUCCAGCCGGCCACCGUCUUCGCCAUGUACUACCACUACUUCCAUGGCUACGAUGGCCUGAUCGCCUCCCAUGGCCACGACCCGCAGUUCGAGGUGAGCUUGCCCGGGCUGCCACCGGUCAAGAUCUGUGACCUCCCUUCCUUCCUCGGCAUUACGAGGCCUGACGAUCCCUACGCCGCGGUGAUCGAUAUGUUUCGGGAAACGUUCGAUGUACUGGAUCGCGAAGAAGCCAGCUCGACAGCGAGGGUUCUGGUGAACACCUUCGAAGAAUUAGAAGGGGAUGCGCUGGCGGCAGGUGCUGGACAGGUAAAGCUGAUACCGAUAGGGCCAAUGCUGCCGUCUCCACUGCGGCUGGAAGGCACCAAGGAAGCAAAAGGCAUGGCGAGCGCAGGGGCCGAUCUGUUCAAGCCGGACGAGAAGAACUACAUGGAGUGGCUGGACUCGAAGCCGGAGAAGUCGGUGGUGUACGUAUCGUUCGGGAGCCUCGCGGUGAUGAAGAAGCGCCAGGCGGAGGAGAUCCUGCGGUGGUUGAAGGAGAGCCGAAAGCCGUACCUGUGGGUGGUGAGGAAGGAGAACAGAGGGGAACUGGGGGACAAGCUGGAGGAGGAGGGGGAGGGCGGGAUGGUGGUGGAGUGGUGCUCGCAGGUGCGGGUGCUGUCGCACCCGGCGGUGGGGUGCUUCGUGACGCACUGCGGCUGGAACUCGACGGUAGAGAGCAUGGUGUGCGGGGUGCCAGUGGUGGCCGUGCCGCAGUGGUCAGACCAGGUGACGAACGCGAUGCUGGCGGAGCUGUGGGGCAUGGGAGUGAGGGGCGAUCUUGACGGAGAAGGAAUUUUGCAAGGGGCAGAGCUGUGCAGGUGCUUGGAGACGGCGAUGGGAGAAGGGGAGAGGGGGAAGGAGGUAAGGAAAAGAGCGGAGAUGUGGAAGGAGAAGGCACGGGAGGCGGUGGGCGAAGGCGGGUCGUCGGAUCGCAAUCUGAGGGCGUUCGUGGAGGAGAUCGCGAGCCUCAAAUGAAGCCUUCAUCCAUAUGGUCUGACCAGCGAGUAAGAGAGGAGGAACGUAACGUGUUAUGUCAUUUAGUGAAUCAAAUAAGAGGUUGUCUUGGCGGAGAUUGCAGUCAUUUUACUGUAUUGAUUGCAACGUAGAUGUGCCAUGUGGAUGAGCCUCUAAUCAUGGGGCCAUGACAAGGAAUUAGUGUGGCCAGGUGAAUGAAUGCCGUGAAGACAAAAUUGGCAUGUCA